AUGAAUUGUCAAUUACACUAAAAAUGAAGGUUUUAAGCCACAGUUAUGAUUAUAAAACAGUUUUUUCUAAAGGGAGCAACUAUACGCCUGCAUUCAGGUUAAAACCGGAUAACUCAACUCCAUGUAUAUUUUUCUCGAUUACUGAUGUUCCUUACAUUUUAAUUGAUAUGGAUGAGGGUAGAUGGGUUGGAUCUUACAGUCUCAAAAAUAUUCAAAGUCAAUCUAUCAUAUUUAAUGAUGGUCCGUUAUAUAUUGGAGAUAAUCCCCAUUGGGGGUCUGGGUUUAAUGGAGAAAUUAG